CUCGGGCCAGCUUCCGCUGCGCGUCCGCACCCACUGCGGAAAAGUAUAAAAACCCGAGGGAACGCCUGCCGGGAGGAAAGGAGGCGAGGUCUCUCUUCGGACGGUCGCAGCAGCUCCGCGCCACCUGCCUGUACGACCCAGCCGCCCGCGCAUCCUUCACCUUCCGACGGCAACCCGCUACACUCCGGCAGAAUGGCAAGCAGCUGCAGCUCCCAAACCGUCGAAGGCGCCCUUCUGCUUUUGGGUAAGUCUGUGCGCUCCCGACCUGCUUUGGCUCCAAAGCUGCGCCGUCCAGCAAACAGAGAGGGGGAGAAUGCGGGGUGGUGGCGCUUUCCUUCCCAAAGGGACGCGCCGUCGAAGGAGAUCUGGCUCUGCCGUCGGGCCGUCCGGUUUUCUCCCAGUUUCCCCGACGGGCUUGGCGUGGAAGGGAGCUCAGCCGGAGAGCUGCGCGUCUCUGCUGGCUUUCUCGACGGCUUGCAGGAGGAAGCGCAGGCUUUCCGCGUUCCCGCUGCCUUUCUCGACGGCUUUGCAGGAGGAAGCCCUCGCUUUUCCGCGUCGGGGUUUGACAGCUGGGGUGGGGUGAGGGCUGUCAUUCCGCAGGUGAAGCUUCCCGUCUCUCAUCGCGGCGAAAAAGCGCAGUGGAGGGCGGGCGGGAUGGGAGUUGGGGAGAGAGAAAGACGUUUUUGCUGAUGAAUUUCUACCCGCGGUCCUUUUUUCUCUCGACAUGGCUCACAAGUCCCGACAAAAGAAAAUUGGCAAGCUGUGUUGCUUCUUGGACCGGAAUGAUUGGGGUGUGCGUCUGACAGGUUGCAUAUCUUACAAAUCCAAGAGUGGUUGGCUAAAGGAAAACGCAGAUACUUCUCAAUGGAAAUCUGUCUGGCGGCUGUGAAAGCAGGAUGCGCCCCCGGCCUGAUCCUGCAGGGCUCAUGUUCUAAUUCUGUAGCAGAUAGCAUGGGAAACUCACAGCUUGGCAUGGGAGCGAACUCCUAGGGGCCAAGGCAUAGCUGUCAACGUUUCCCUUUUUUUAAGGGAAAUUCCCUUAUUCCGAAUAGGAUUCCUCGCAAGAAAAGGGAAAAGUUGACAGCUAUGGGCCAAGGUCCCUUCACACACACCCCUAAAAUAUUUGAGGGAGUCCCUGCCCUUCCCCUCAGUUGAUGGACAUUGCCAUUCAAAUGGUGUGUGUGUGUGUGCUGUGUCUUGUGAUCAAUUAUGUGGGAUGGAGCUUACCUGGGCGCCUUGAAUAUUUUAUUCAAGUUGGUAUCCCUGCAGCCCCAACAGAACGAUUGCAAUCCGCUGUAGGACUCCCCCCUCCCCCAUGGGAAUAAAGGGUGAGGUGGAUGAGGACACAGUAGACUCUGACAGGUCAGAAUUACAAGACAGAAUUAAUGCGGCCCUCAGUGCCUUUCUGUUUGGCCCUUGAAACUCUCCCCAGGUCACACACACACACACCAUCACUGGCCUCAGCUUCACACCUCCAAACAUUUCUGCCUGACUGGAAUAUGUCCUUGAACUUUGGCGAUGCCUCUAGCUCAUCCGAACAGAGAUGUGUGUGUGUGUGUGUCGAAGUUUGCCUACAAUUCCCAAGGGGAAACUUGCUCAACUCGCUUUUGCCCGCCACUGGCGAGUAGCCCUUGGGAGAUUAUUCUGAAGGGAUUGCGGCCCUCCAGACAGAAAAAGGUCCCCCCCCCCUCGUGCUUUAUCACGAUGACUGUUGUGUUAUGGCGCAGCGAUGUUCUCCUGCAGCUGCUCUCUGUUUCCAUGGGGGGUUUUGAGGGGACUGUUUUCGAAGGCAGCCCCACAUACAAUGCGUGGCAGGAAUCCAACCUGGAGAUGGCAGGUUGUGUCAGCCGCAGCUCCAAGUGGCAAUAUGCUUGGGCCAAAGAGCUCCCACUAGCUGCAAACCUCAUCCUUGAGUCGUGACACCAUCCAAGGUGGGGCAAACACGGCUUAACCGGACAAACAACCCACUCGCUAACAGUACUAAAGACUGUUAAGAGAAAUCCCUAACGCUCUUAGUGUGCUUACUCCAAAAUCCCACUGCCUUCAACAAGACUAAUCUCCCAAAGUGUGGACAGGGAUUUCAGCCUGUUGCUAGAAUAUUCUCAGUGGGUCUGCCCCAGAAGUGAGGAAGAGGUAGCUAAUUUAAAGAGGAAGGAACAGAACCUUGCUGCCAGGCCCAGGAGAGAGAAAUCCAGGGUGCCAGAUGAUCAGGGGUCAAGUCACUGGUUCCUUACAGUUGUACAAAGGUGACAUUCCUCUUCCAACAAAUGUUCUUUGCUGCACAGCUUCUACUCUAAAUAUCUGACUUGCUGAGAUCACACCGAUUUCAUAGGCUCGAUCAUUUUGGUCCAAAGGUAGAAGACCUUUGGCUGCUUUUUCACGAUUGCUGUGGUGUUAAUCUUUGACAGCGGCGUUAAUCUUUGUGAGCGGAAAGACACAGGUUAGCAUGUUUAAUUGGUUAGAUUUAGUUACAGGUAGGUAGCCGUGUUGGUCUGCCGUAGUCGAAACAAAACAAAACAAAUAAAAUAAAAUAAAAUAAUUCCUUCCAGUAGCACCUUAGAGACCAACUAAUUUAGUUAUUGGUAUGAGCUUUCGUGUGCAUGCACACUUUAGGGAAAUAGGAGUUUAUAGAGCGUUAAAAUGUACUUUGAAAGCCAUGCAUUUGCAAAAAGAACAGAAAACCCAAAAGUUCAUUUAACAGCAAUGUUUGGUCGGUUUGGUUUUUAUUAUGUAUUUUGGUUUGUGUUUUCCCCUCGUAUUUUUUAUGCUGUGAACAGCUCUGAGAUCUUCGGAUGAAGGGCUGCAUACGCAUUUAAUAGAUAAAAUAAGAAAUAAAACAAAAACCGACUCCACAGAUGUAGGGGGGAAAGGCUAAAUAACUAUGCAAAAGAAAAUCAGACUCAAGUACAGUACUAAUAUGCAUACACACAGACAACUCCUGUUUUAGGGGCGAGCGAUAUGUGCGCACAUGCGCACAGUGAACGCAGAACAUGUAAGUGACCUGGAAACAACAUAAAGAUGUCACUGAAACAUCACUACAAGGGCAGAACGAUGGCUGGGGGUGGAAAGAGGUGUCUGCAGGCUUUUUCAAUCGGUUUCUGAUUUCACGCAAUUUCACGCAAGCCUGCAAUGACCCAGAUCACAACCCCCGCGCAAACGCAGAGUUGCCUGUAUAUAUGACCCAGUCUUAAAUUACACCCAGCAAGUUGUGAGGCUGAACUGACUCCCGAACUUUAUUAUUCCGGUAAUAAAUAAAGCAAAGGGGGAGGGCAAAGGGGUGGGGGUUUGGAGUCCGCCUCAUAUAUCUGAAUUCUGCAAUGCAAUUCACGUUCUCUGAAAGUUUGGUGUUCUGCUCUUGGGGAAGUUUGACGGAGUGUAGAAGAUCGAAUUCUCUCUCGGCUGAAUGUUCAUGCAUUCCAAUUCCCAGAUCUGUCUAUACUUGCAGGAACCGCUGUAUGGCCUACCUGUUUGGAGAAGCACUGAUGCACGUGAAUUCCUGCUAAUACAUGCGAUUCCAAAGGGGUGUAUGCAAGAGAACUUUCUGCCGGAUCGUGCCCAUAGUCGUUAGCUCUGAUUAGCAAUGUGCCUGUACUUAUGAGGGAUGGUGCAAGCCGGAAGGUGGGACUUCUCUGUAGUAAGGACCCAUGGGAGAUGCAGAAACCGCCUGUGCCCUUGGUUUUCCAGACAGGUACCCCUGCCUUAGGGGGGUUUCUCUAAGCGGGGACCAGUAAGGCACAUUGUGACCUGCUUGUGGCGCAAGGCGGGUUUUCCAUCACCGUGGCAAAUGGCACUGAUCCUCCCUCGCUCCCCUUUUCUCCAUAGGGGUGAAUGUCAACCAUUACAGUGGUACCUCGGGUUAAGUACUUAAUUCGUUCCGGAGGUCCGUUCUUAACCUGAAACUGUUCUUAACUUGAAGUGCCACUUUAGCUAAUGGGGCCUCCUGCUGCUGCCGCACCACUGGAGCAUGGUUCCUGUUCUCAUACUGAAGCAAAGUUCUUAACCCGAGGUACUAUUUCUGGGUUAGCGGAGUCUGUAACCUGAAGUGUAUGUAACCCGAGGUACCACUGUAUCUCAUAUGGGAGAAAAGGAAGCGAUGCGCUCAGGGUUCCCAUCGCGGCGUGGUUCAAACCUGCCUGCCCUUUUAAUGUCCAUCGAUAACCAAGCCAGCCUCAGGAAGACCAAAAUGUUAAUAAGGAAUGGGGGAAAUUUAUAACUUACCUUAAAGACCAUUGUAAAGAGUGAAAACCGUGAGUAGGAUUGGAAUAUCGCUUUAAGGGUGAAUUCUGGGUGCAAGGGAGAUGUAAAAGAUUUGGACUAUCAUAAAAGAUGCAGAAGGAAAUGAUACAUAACAGGACCCACAAAGGGGAGGGUGGAAGUCCAGGAGACUCCUUGGAACCUUGUUUUAACGAUUUAUGUUUGAUAUCUCUCUGUAAAAUUGCAAUUUGAAAAACCAAUAAAGACAUUAAAAAUAUAUAAAUAACCGAGCCAGCCUCUCCUUGAAUAGCCAGCUCUUGGCCGUGCUAGCAUGCUGUGAACAAGCCGUGGCAUGAAGGUGUUUCUGACAUUUGCCGGGAGCACCUGCAAAGCUAACAGAUUUAUCAUGCCCUGGGAUUGCGCGGUCCGUCACUAGAGAAGCUCAGAGCCCAUUUUGCAACCUGGCUGCAGUUCAGUGUCACCUCAGCCGGGGAAGUUGCGGUUCUGCUGGAUGUUGUGGUGAUGUGUCAGGAACAGACAUUUCAUAGGUAGGCCUACACCUCUUCCCUCUCUGGUUUUUUUUGUUGUCGUUUUGUUUUUGGCAGGGGAUUUGUUAAUUGAGUUGUUUGGUGGCUCAGGUGUUGCCCAGAGUUGCAUUGCCAGCCACCCUCUGCCUAGUGAUUCUGAGCUUUUCUCAAGGAAACUCAGCCACUCGGUUGCACCUCCUAAUUACAGGGCAGGUGUUUCUUCAUCUGCAAAGUUCAUUUCAACAGGAGCUGCUCAGUUUCUGUUUUUUUUCCUUUCCCUUUUUUGUUUUUUUAAAUGCCUGGCCAGUUAAUUCUCAGCCGCCUUGCGUUUCAGCCAUUGCGCAGCAGAUCUCUGAGCCGAAAUAUAUACAGGAAGGAAGGAAAUACAAGGGUGUCCCCAUGAAACUUCCCAGGUGACCUCUCUGGGCCAGUCAAGGCCUCUCAGCCUAACCUACCUCACAGAGUUGUUGUGAAGAGAAAAUGGGGAGAGGGAGAACCAAGUAUGCCAUCUCGAGCUCCCUGAAGGAAAGCCAGGAUAUAAACAAGUACUCUAUUUUUUGCUCUAUAAGACUCACUUUUUCCCUCCUAAAAAGUAAAGGGAAAUGUGUGUGCGUCUUAUGGAGGGAAUGCAGGCUGCGCAGCUAUCCUAGAAGCCAGAACAGCAAGGGGGAUUGCUGCUUUCACUGCGCAGCGAUCCCUCUUGCUGUUCUGGCUUCUGAGAUUCAGAAUUUUUUUUUUCUUGUUUUCCUCCUCCAAAAACUAGGUGCGUCUUAUGGUCUGGUGCGUCUUAUAGAGUGAAAAAUACGGUAAAUACAUAAAAUGUGGGCUGCCACGCUUGGUGUAUCAUUCUCCUCAUGCAACAAGCUCUCUUGGCAAAGAGUGGGUGAGCCUCUGGCCUAUUAAAUCCUAUUUCCUGGCUUCUGUUGCCAAACAACUUCAGCUGCCAUGCUUUUUCUUAACCCAUUCAGAAGCUUCAGCCAAGGAGAGGGAUGCAGGGGUCUCCAACCUUUGCGAACCAGAGAAACUCGCUAACACACCCCACAACCAAGCACGCACCACAGUCUAUUCAGUUGGCUAUGAGAGAAUGCUUUCUUCAAGCCUAAAACCUAAAGUGGUGGGGAUGUGGAUCCAGUGGAAGUCCUCUGUGGGCACCUGUGUGCCCAUGGGCACCACAUUGGCCAACCCUGGACCAAUUCUUUGCAAGUGUAAACAUGACAGCGUCAGUUGUUGGAGCCAUAGCUGUCAGCUUACAGAUUUGAAACUAAGGGACCAGCAGCCUUGAAAAUAAGGGAUCAGCAGCCAAAAUAAGGGAUUUUCCAAGCACAGGUAUGUUCAACUUCUGAGCCAAAGGCAGAAAGCCCAGCCAGAAGCCAAACAAAGCCUCAAGCGGUGGUUCCCACAGUGCAGCAACCUGGCAAAAGGGAUGCCGCAAGGAAAACCGCCGUCACCUCUCUGCUGGGAAGCGCUGAGCAAAGGCGAGUCCCCAUGCAAUGCGGCCAGGCACAAGGCAUGCAAGCUCCACCCCCCAGUCGUUCUUAGACUCCUUAUUGGGUGAGCAACGCAGCCAAGCAACACAAUUGGAGCCUCCCUCCUCCCUGGCCGGCAAGGAGGGAGGGAGAGGAGCUGCUUCCUUUGAAACCCGGGAAAUUUAAGGGACAUCAUCAAUAAAGGACAGCUGCGGGACAGGGCGCUGGGAUAAGGGAGUUUCCCGCCAAAUAAGGGACGGUUGACAGCUAUGUUGGGAGCAGAAAGGAAAGACGGAGCAAUGCACCCGCUUACGUUCUUUUCUAAGGCUAUGUACACAUUUGUGGGUUGAAAUGCGUCAAGGUCCGUUUCCCCUGCGGUGCAUCGUCACAUCACAGAAGGCCACAGGUGUCUUCGCCCAAUGCACGUUCCCCUGCGUCAAAGUCAAAUUCAACAAGGCUGCCAUGCAUGCAAUGGCUCUCUUAAAUGACCACACCUCAGCUUCCAUUUUCGAAUUGGAUGGAAGUUGGUUUCGGCGUGGAUACGCAUUGAACAGCAAUAUUUCUCAAGAAGUUAUAGGCUACCUAAGGAUCGUAGCUAAUGUCCUGCGUGCUCAGCCUCAAGCGCCGUCUCUGUCUGAGGAACGUCCUCUUUCAACAAGCCUUUUGGGUAGAUAAUCUUUCCCAGUCUGCACCCGCAUUGGAACUGUUUUUCAGGUUUUAUUUUACUGUUUUAUUGCUUCCUGAACUGGGCUGCUUUAGGAGGAGGGGAAGGAUGGAUGGAACAAAUAAAUAAAUGGAAUGAUUAUGUGAUGGCAGCUACAGUUCGACAGCCACUUGCCCCAGAGUAGUUUUACCGACUUGGUUCAAAUGUUUAUGAGUAAAAUUUGCAUCACAAAUAUUGCUCAUGCACACAUGACUAAAUAGUAAUAAGCAGUGCUUUUUUCUGGGGGGUACACAUACCCCUAAGUAUUUUGUGAAUCUUUGUACUUUUGUCCAUUUACUACAUUUGUUUCCCCCAAUUUGAACUAUAAAAUGGUGAUUUUCUUGAGUCAAAAUGAGAGUACCCCUAAACUUCUCCAAUUCACCUAUCCCCAGUGGUAGUUAAUAAGGCUUGGUCAUCACCCCUUGUAAACCACUGAAAGCAGUAUAUAAAUGUUGUUAAAAUGAAACCGGUCACAGAUCCAGCCCAUUAUGGGCUUCUGUGGUCACAAUUACUGUUUGAAAACGUACCUAGUGCUUAGUCACAAGGGAACACUCUCUCAUGCUGUCCAAAGAAAGUUGCGUAUGGGAGGCUGUUAGCAUAAGAGUCUCUGUUCUUUCAUUAGCCUUGUGAUACACUGCAGCCUUGUUUGCUGAGUAUUUGAGCUGGUGUGCUGCCCGCAAACAUCCCAACUUCUCAACGAACAAAAGCAAUCGGAGAGCCAUCAUCUUCAUUGAGGGAAGGAAAAGUCAUUCGUUGAGAUUAAAACCUGACCCAGAUCCCUUAGAAGGAGGAACUUUUUGUGGCAGGUUAAGGAGGGAAACCUGGUUGAGAGGAGUUCUCAAAAGCAAUAAUAAUAAUAAUAAUAAUAAUAAUAAUAAUAAUAAUUUAUUAUUUAUACCCCGCCCAUCUGGCUGGGCUUCCUCAGCCACUCUGGGCGGCUUACAACAAAACAUUAAAAUACCGUGAUACAUCAAACACUAAAAGCUUCCCUAAACAGGGCUGCCUUCAGAUGUCUUCUAAAAGUCUGGUAGUUGUUGUUUUCUUUGACAUCUGGUGGGAGGGCAUUCCACAGGGAGGGUGCCACUACCGAGAAGGCCCUCUGCCUGGUUCCCUGUAACUUGGCUUCUCGCAGUGAGGGAACCGCCAGAAGGCCCUCAGCGCUGGACCUCAGUGUCCGGGCAGAACGAUGGGGGUGAAGACGCUCCUUCAGAUAUAAAGGAAUAAAAAAUGGAGAGAUGAGGGCUGAACGAAAGGGACAGAGAAAGCAAUGGGGUAAGAUGCAGCAGACGAAGAGACAGAGUCCCAAGAAAAAGAUUGGGGGGACUAUGAACAAAGGCAACAGAGUGACAUUGCACGCCAGGUCUAGAUAUUGUGAAAGCUCCAGUGUCUUUAAGACAGGGGGAGGGAACCAAUGUUGCUGGACUCCCAUAAUCCCUGACUAUUGGGGAUGCUGGCUAGGGCUGAUGGGAAUUCAAGAGUCCAACAACAAAUGGAGAGCCAUAUGUUUCCCCAUCUCUGAUUUAAGAGUAGCGCAGAGAGGAGAUUGCUGUCAUCUAGCGAUCCUGAAGAGAGCAGGCAGUGCGAUGGGAUGAGGCCCAAUCUCACACCAUAGCUGUCAACCGUCCCUUAUUUGGCGGGAAAGUCCCUUAUCCCAGUGCCCUGUCCCGCAGCUGUCCCUUAUUGAUGAUGUCCCUUAAAUUUCCCGGGUUUCAAAGGAAGCAGCUCCUCUCCCUCCCUCCCUGCCGGCCAGGGAGGAGGGAGGCUCCAACUGUGGUGCUUGCCUGCGUUGCUCACCCAAUAAGGAGUCUAAGAACGACUGGGGGGUGGAGCUUGCAUGCCUUGUGCCGAACAAAUUGGCCGCGUUGCCUGGGGACUCGCCUUUGCUCAGCGCUUCCCAGCAGAGAGGUGACGGUGGUUUUCCUUGCUGCAUCCCCCUUGCUGGGUUGCUGCGCUGUGGGAACCACCGCUUGAGGCAUCGUUUGGCUGCUGGUUGACUAAAAUCCCUUAUUUUGGCUGCUGAUCCCUUAUUUUCGAGGCUGCUGGUCCCUUAUUUUCAAAUCUGUAAGUUGACAGCUAUGUCUCACACUGGUUUGAACUGAACCAGCCAGCGCAUUGGCCCUUUCAUGCAACCUCUGUCCAAAGACUUGGCUUUGAGUGUCACCGGAUCUUGACAAGAGUGGAAAAUCCAUCCCUUUUGAGGUGCAUAUUUUCCACCUCUGAGGAACCGGGCUUGCAUUCUGGGGCAGGUCGGCAGGCGGCUUGCGACGCAGAGCAAUGCUAACUUUCCUGUAAAGCAGGAAUGUGCAUUGCGCACUAACAUUCCACCAGCCUGGCAAUGACAAUAACCAUAGCAUUCCAGUAAGGCAAUAUGAAAUAGGCAGCAUCUCGCCUGUGAAGGAGAAGAUAACAGUAUUUGUUUAAUGACCCAGGCAGCCGUAUUAAUGCAAACAUCGCCCCACCUUCUUCGGUUCUUGGGUUAAUCUGUUUGAGAGGCACUCGAGAGCAUGUGAAACUCCCCAAAGGGGAAUUGAUUAAAGGAACAGUUUGUUGCUUCUGUUCUGCAACACAUAUAACUUUAUCCGUACAGGGGAUGGAGUUGGCGAUUAGGAAGAUGUCUCUGUUUUGGAGCCAGGAAAUGGAGGGGGGGGCGGUAUGGCAAAGUCUUCGCAGCAAGCACCCCUUGGAGUUGGGAGUUUUCAUUUAUUGCUUGCUUGCCUGGUUGCAAUUGCCCAAGGAAGGAACUUGUCGUUUGAGUGGGAUGAGCUUCAGUUUCUGUGGCCACAUUCGCACCAUGCUGUGCAUUUGAAGCACUAUGACACCACUUUAGGGCGUCAUGGCUUCCCCCAAAGAAUUCUGGGAGUUCUAGUUUGUCAAGGAUGCUGAGAGUUGUUUUGUUGUUGUUGUUGUUGUUUAGUCGUUUAGUUGUGUCUGACUCUUUGUGACCCCAUGGACCAGAGCACGCCAGGCACUCCUGUCUUCCACUGCCUCCCGCAGUUUGGUCAAAGGCCCCUAUUCCCCUCUGAAAGCUACAAUUCCCAGAGUUCCCUAUGGAGAGGAAUUGAUUGUUAAACUACUCUGAGAAUUGUAGCAAUGUGAGGGGAAUAGGAACCCUUGAAAUUUAAGCACUCUUAAAUGUAUGACUCCUUGGCCUGAUUUCUCUCAGAAGCAUUGAUGUUGUUGUUGCUGCUGCUGUUGUUGUUGUUGUUGUUGUUGUUUAGUCGUGUCCGACUCUUUGUGACCCCAUGGACGAGAGCACACCAGGCACUCCUGUCUUCCACUGUCAGAAGCAUUAUUAGGCCUCAAUUCUUUCUUUCUUUCUUUCUUUCUUUCUUUCUUUCUUUCUUUCUUUCUUUCUUUCUUUUCUCCGAGGCACUACGAGCUGUGGGACUGGUGAUACUCCAGCCACCUACCCUGAGGCAAAUUAUGAAAAUGUAUAGUUUUAGCCUAUGCAUUAGAAGAGCUCUGAGGCAGAUGAAGGCCUUAGAACAAAUUUAAGCCCUGACGGCAAGAACCAGAAUUUGUUUUCCCACCUCUGAAAAUCAGCCUAAAAAAACUUGCAUUUUUAAAAUAAAAAACAUAUAAAUUAUUUUUUAUUACAAUUAUUUAUCAUAUUUGUUAGUUGUUUUUCUCACAGAGGAACCCUAAGCUCGAGUGGAGAGGAAAAGGUCUAUAUUUAACAUUCUUUAUUAAUUUAUUAUUUGGGAAUUAGCAUAUGCAAAUCUGCCCCAGGGUCCUGUCUUCCACAUACUGUACCUAGGAGUGCACUGGAUUUCCCCUCUACCCUAAAACAUUUCCACCAGCACAUCUGUCUGAAACACUAGCGUCCCUGAACGUCCCUUAUGUCCCCUAAGGAUUACUCCAUGCAGCGCUCAUUUGUAACCCUGUAAUGAAUUGCCUCCCACACAAGCCACUGUUGGUAUUGUGUGGUGUCUGUAUCUCAUUCAAUUGCAGGGUGGCGGCUCACAUUGAGUCAGCAAAAAAGCAUUCCAGCUGCUGAGUCACUGUUUCCAGCGAUUACACGGAUUCCCUCGGAAGAUCCCUGUCCAUUUAACAGCUGCCUUUGCUUCGCUUUUCAGCCUCCGUGUAAUCUCCUUGCUACGUCUUGAAUGGUUUUUGAACCAUGCCAGCAUUGACUCACAGUUUAAAAUAAUAAUUACUGUGCAGCUCAUAUAAUCUUUAAGAAUGCAAACAAAACUUUUCUUUCAUAAAAGCAAAUUGUCAGGUCUUCUUUCUCAUGGCUAAAGUAUCCUGUAGGACAUCUAUCUAUCCAUCUAUCUAUCUAUCUAUCUAUCUAUCAUCUAUCUAUCAUCUAUUUAGGUCCCUAGGUCCCUCGUACCUAUGGGAUCGCCUCACGGUAUGCCCCACGGAGAGCCUCAAGGUCCAUAAAUAGCAACACCCUAGUGGUCCCGGGCCCUAAGGAAGUUAGAUUAGCUUCAACCAGAGCCAGGGCCUUCUCAACUCUGGCUCCAGCCUGGUGGAACGCUCUGCCUCAUGAGACCAGGGCCGUGCAGGAUCUGAUUUCUUUCCGCAGGGCCUGUAAGACAGAGUUGUUCCACCUGGCCUUAGGCUUAGAGCCAAUUUGAUUCCCUCCCCCUCUUUCUUUUUCCUUUCUCCUCCUGUGAUGAGGCUGCAUUUUAAUAUUUUAAUGUUUGAAUAUUUUAAUGUUGUAUUUUAAUCUUGUUUUUAAGUUGUAUUCAUUCAAUUUGUUUUUAUUAUUGCUUGUUAGCCGCCCUGAGCCCGGCCUUGGCUGGGGAGGGCGGGGUAUAAAUAAAAAGUAUUAUCUGUAUCUAUAUCAUCUAUCCAUCUAUCCAUCCACCAUCUAUAUCUAUCUAUCUAUCAUCUAUCUAUCUAUCUAUCUAUCUAUCUAUCUAUCUAUCUACAGUGGUACCUCGCAAGACGAAUGCCUCGCAAGACGAAAAACUCGCAAGACGAAAGAGUUCUUCGUUUUUUGAGUUGCUUCGCAAGACGAAUUUCCCUAUGGGCUUGCUUCGCAAGAUGAAAACGUCUUGCAAGUUUGUUUCCUUUUUCUUAAAACCGUUAAUACCCAGGGUGCAUUGCUUGAAGACUUUGGUGAUUUUUGAAGCUUUUCCAAAACUUCUUUUGCAGCCAUUUGGUUCCCUAAAACUAUGGGAAACCGUGCUUCGCAAGACGAAAAAUUCGCAAGACGAAAAAACUCGCAGAACGAAUUAAUUUCGUCUUGCGAGGCACCACUGUAUCAUCUAUCUAUAUAUCUAUCCAUCCAUCCGGUUAUCAGUAUGAAUUAUGUGAAAAACAAGAAGUGUAUUCCCAACCUAGGAAUGACGGUGAUCAAAAAUAUUCUGCUACACAAAGUCCCAUUAUAUAUAAUCAGCAUUAACGAUGAUACAUGCCAAGUAUGUUUUUCAAUGGUGGGUCCCACUUUACGUGACACAAGCAACUGUGCACAUGUGCAGCAAACAAGUAUGAAAUGGAAAUGCAUGUUUGCAAACUGCUGGGGAGGUGUAACGGACACAUGCCAGGUAAUCCUGAUGGCAGGGCGAUAGCUCGGUAGUAGCAAUUCCACUUUUCACACAGAAGGUCCCAGGCAUCCUCGGGUUGCAAAUGGUCCCCUGCCCAUAGCUGUCUACCGUCCCUUAUUUGGCGGGAAACUCCCUUAUCCCAGCGGCAUUUCCCGCUGCUGUCCCUUAUUGAUGAUGUCCCUUAAAUUGCCCGGGUUUCAAAGGAAGCAGCUCCUCUCCCUCCCUCCCUGCCAGCCAGGGAGGAGGGAGACUCCAACUGUGUUGCUUGGCUGCAUUGCUCACCCAAUAAGGAGUCUAAGAACGACUGGGAGGUGGAGCUUGCAUGCCUUGUGCCAAUCAAAUCGGCCACAUUGCCUGGGGACUUGCCUUUGCUCAGCGCUUCCCAGCGGAGAGGUGACGGUGGUUUUCCUUGCUGCAUCCCCUUUGCCGGGUUGCUGCGCUGUGGGAACCACCGCUUGAGGCUUUGUUUGGCUGCUGGUUGACUAAAAUCCCUUAUUUUGGCUGUUGAUCCCUUAUUUUCGAGGCUGCUGGUCCCUUAUUUUCAAAUCUGUAAGUUGACAGCUAUGCCCCUGCCUAAAACAUUGGAGAGAUGUUGCCAGUCUGUAUGGACGAUAAUGAACUAGAUCAGGCAUGUCCAAAGUCCGUUUCUGUUUAACCCGGCACCUGUGUCAGUUUAUUUCCUGGGGUAAAAUCCCAAAAAAAACCUCAACAACUUCAACCCUAAAAAAAAAGUUAACAACUUUGGUCAGCCCUCACGGCCCUUCUUCACUUCAUCAAAUCUGGCCCCCUUUGAAGAAAGUUUGGACACCACUGAGCUAGAUGGACCAAUAGCUUUCUGGGUUCCUGAGUGCUGACUCAAAAAAGAUGGAGCCGGCCCUACCAUUCGGUUGAAACAGUCGCCUCAGGCAGCUGAUUGGGCAGCAAAUAGCUACAUUUGAAUUUAGUUUUACGGUAUUUUUACUCUCAUCUUUAAGCGCUUGUGGCAUUUUAACUGGGCCAGCCUUGGGUAUUUUGCACCAUGGGUGGUGGAGAGCAUUUGCCGUGCUGCCUCGGGCAGCAAAAUGUUUUCAGCCGGACUCGGAACGGGCUGGGGGAUGUUUGUUUUGCACUUUCACUACACGCACGCCCUGCAAGCAACACAAGGAGUGAAUCGGCUCUCAGUCAGGGCUGGGUAUAGCGGUGGCAUUUUAAAGGCAGGUUGAAGGAAGAUCUAGUUACCGUAUGCCACCUUUUUCGGCUGAAGCCGGAUGGCAUAAGCACUUGCAAGGUAAAAUGAUGGCUGUUGUUGUUGUUGUUUUAAUGCGGUGGGGAAUUCAAGAAACCCCUCUCCUGGUGUCUUUGUUUCAACCCGACACAUUCUUUCUCUUCAGGCUUCCACCUAUUUCAAGCCGUUCUUGGGACAACUGUGACACCGUUAUGCGGAAGGAAUGAAACAGGCAACUGCACAACAGUUCUGAGUGAGUCGGAUUCUCUGACACUUAAUGAAAUAUCGAAAACCUUUUCAGAAUGCCUGUGGGCUUCUGUCUCCGCUGGUUUGGCUAAAAUGAAUGUUUGGAAUAGGGACGUCCUAUUCCGUACCUUCCAACAUUUUCCUGAUGGAAAUAGGAACGUCCUAAGGAAAAGCGAGGGACGCAGGUGGUGCUGUGGUCUAAUCCACAGAGCCUAGGGUUGCCGAUCAGAAGGUCAGCGGUUUGAAUCCCCGUGAUGGGGUGAGCUCCCAUUGUUCAGUCCCUGCUCCUGCCAACCUAGCAGUUCAAAAGCACGUCAAAGUGCAAGUAGAUAAAUAGGUACCGCUCCAGCGGGAAGGUAAACAGCGUUUCCGGGCGCUGCUCUGGUUCGCCAGAAGCGGCUUGGUCAUGCUGGCCACAUGACCUGGAAGCUGUACGCUGGCUCCCUCGGCCAAUAAAGCGAAAUGAGCACCGCAACCCCAGAGUUGGCCACGACUGGACCUAAUCGUCAGGGGUCCCUUUACAUUGACUGGACAGGGAUAGUGGGACGCGGGUGGUGCUGUGGUCUAAACCACUGAGCCUAGGGCUUGCCGAUCAGAAGGUUGGCGGUUCGAAUCCCCGCGACAGGGAGAGCUCCCGUUGCUCCAUCCCUGCUCCUGCCAACCUAGCAGUUCGAAAGCACGUCAAAGUGCAAGUAGGUACCACUCCGGCGGAAAGGUAAUCAGCGUUUCCAUGCACUGCUCUGGUUCGCCAGAAGCGGCUUAGUCAUGCUGGCCACCUGACCCGGAAGCUGUACGCCGGCUUCCUCAGCCAAUAAAGUGAGAUGAGCGCCGCAACCCCAGAGUCGGCCACGACUGGACCUAAUGGUCAGGGGUCCCUAUAUCUUUACCUUUUAAGGAAAAGGGGGAGAUUCUGGAAUCAAGUCAGGAACCGGGAUGGCUUCUGUAAAUCUGGGACUGUCCCUGGAUAAUAGGGACACUAGGAGGGUCUUUGCAAGGCAGAUGUGCUACUAGUGACCCCCUUAUCAAAUAAAAUGACACCUUUCUUUCUUUCUUUCUUUCUUUCUUUCUUUCUUUCUUUCUUUCUGAUAGUUCGAACAGUGCACAGUCCCCGUGUCGCUGAAGUUAAGACCACAGACUGCGGCUCUGACUUGAAAAACUACUGCAUUAAUGGGCACUGCAAGUACCUCGUGGCUUUGAGUACACCUUCGUGCACGUAAGUAGAAUGCUGCAGGAUAAGAUAAUAAAACAACACAUGAUUUUUGCAUAGCGCUUGAUUCAGAGCAGGGCUGAGAAAGCUGGUACUCUCCAGGUGCUGGGACUAUAAUUCCCAUCAUCCCUGACCGGCUGGCCAUGCUGGGAGUUGUAGUUCUGUGGUACCUGGAAAGCACCAUUGCCAUUACAGUGGUACAUCAGGUUACAGACACUUCAGGUUACAGAUGCUUCAGGUUACAGACUCCGCUAACCCAGAAAUAGUACCUCGGGUUAAGAACUUUGCUUCAGGAUGAGAACAGAAAUCGCAUGGCGGCAGCGGGAGGCCCCAUUAGCUAAAGUGGUACCUCCGGUUAAGAACGGACCUCCAGAAUGAAUUAAGUUCUUAACCCGAGGUACCACUGUAUAAGAGAAAAAGGCAAGUUCCAGCGAGUUCUGGCACCUCUCUUUUUAGAAAAAUGGCACUGACCACAACGUCCCAGUUAGGACUACUGUUUCUUGCUAAGCAAAACGCAACAUGCUCUAAGGCAUAUCAGAUUCCCUAACACCCUUUCACCCACAAACCAGCUUCAACUGGAUUUGGUGCAAGCAGGUGUAAACAUGCACCCGGGUGACAGUUUAAGGGUUCAAGGAGCAACCAGGGUAGCGUCCUCUGUUCUGGGGCUUCUCCAGCUUGCAAUCUGUGUCUGAGAACCCAAAUACACUACAGGGUCUGAUAUGGUCUCUCUCCUUCUCUUCCCUGCACCCCACAGCUGUGAAGAUGGUUAUUACGGCGACCGGUGUGGACAUUCCACUUUGACAAGCCAGCAGCCCCUGAGCAAUGAAUACCUGGCGCUCACUAUUCUUCUGGUUCUGUUUUUCGUCAUCACCGCUGCAGUGGUUAUCUACUACUUCUACAGAUGGUAAGCCUCCCUCUGCUUCGCCUGCUCUGUUUUUUCUCGGUUGUAGGCAUUCCGGAGCUGUGAGUACCAAAGUACUCGGAGCUAGGCUGUGUUGCAAUUGCUAGGCCUUUGGGACAUUUCGCAGGAGAUCUUUCGAGGAUACAAUUGCGGUUGUACUUCCCAUCAUUCCUGACCAUUGGCUGUGCUGGGGAGAGGCUGCCAAGACUUGUGGUUCAUACUACAGUGGCACCUCAGUUUUCGAACGUAAUCUGUUCCGGAAGAACAUUUGACCUCCGAAACAUUCGAAAACCGAGGCACAAAGGGCGGUCUGCAAAUAGAGGAAAUUGUGAAAAACAACAGAUACACGCAGCGGAAGCCAUUUGACUUCUGAGGCGCGUUUGAAAACGGAAGCAUUUACUUCCGGGUUUCCGGCGUUCGAAAACCGAAACGUUCAGCAACAGAGACGUCCGAAAACCCGAGGUACCACUGUAUCAGGGGAACACUACGUUGGUAAACACCUAAUAAUAAUAAUAAUAAUAAUAAUAAUAAUAAUAAUUUAUUAUUUAUACCCCGCCCAUCUGGCUGGGUUUCCCCAGCCACUCUGGGCGGCUUCCAACACAAUAUUAAUAUACAGUAAUGCAUCAAACAUUAAAAGCUUCCCUAAACAGGGCUGCCUUCAGAUGUCUUCUAAAAGUCUGGUAGUAGUUUUUCUCUUUGACAUCUGGUGGGAGGGCGUUCCACAGGGCGGGUGCCACUACCAAGAAGGCCCUCUGCCUGGUUCCCUGUAACUUGGCUUCUCGCAGUGAAGGAACCGCCAGAAGGCCCUCGGCGCUGGACCUCAGGGUCCGGGCAGAAUGAUGGGGGCGGAGACGCUCCUUCAGAGAUACUGGACUGAGGCCGCUUAGGGCUUUAAAGGUCAGCAACAACACUUUGAAUUGUAUAUCUUUAACGUGAAGGCAGCAAACAUGUAUAUUGUAAUAGGCACACUUGACAGGAGGGGCAGAUGAGGCUGGGAAGGCAGCCCAUCUAGGAGAAGGAAAACUCUGAUCCUAAACCUCCACUGCCUUGUGGGAUAUCUUCGGGAGAAGAAAAGGCUCAAGAGUAAACCCUAAACAAUUUCGGAGUGGAGUCUCUAAAACACUUGGAUGGCGUCUGUAUGCCUCUUUCCAGCAACUCCUGCAGCCAAGCUGGUGCCAAACGUAUUGCUCUGCUUUCCUUUGGAGCACAUUGGUGAGGCUGAGAGGGGAGGUCUUGUUGUCUGGGCAGCCUAGGACCUCUAGACACGCUGUCCAGGCUUACACCUUGGGGAGAUCACUUUGCUGCUGCCAACACAGCCGUUUGACUUCAGCCCCGGAGCCACCCUCUCUCAAGACAGACAGAUGCCGACAACACUUGUUUGGGAGCCGGGAGUUACAGUAGCUUUGUGUGGAGUGUACAAAUCACGGCAAACCUGGGUUCGUUGCUCUGUAAUAUGUGCCGUUACCCUUAGUCAGUGUGGUGUAGUGGUUAAGAGCCGUGGACUCGUAAUCUGGUGAACCGGGUUCGCUUCCCCGUUCCUCCACAUGCAGCUGCUGGGUGCUCUUGGGCUAGUCACACUUCUCUGAAGUUUCUCAGCCCCACUCACCUCACAGAGUGUUUGUUGUGGGGGAGGAAGGGAAAGGAGAUUGUUGGUCGCUUUGAGACUCCUUAGGGUAGUGAUAAAGCGGGUUAUCAAAUCCAAAUUCUUCUUCUUCUUCUUAGUGGGAAAACAACCGAUAGACAUAUGCCCAUCUCUGCACUUUUGAAACAUAACCAGCUGAGCACUUGAACUGAUGUUUUCGUCUCAGUCCUGACAGUCAGUCCUGCCUCUUUAACAGCAGGGCAACCUGCAGAAACUAAGGAGGCGAAACCUUUCCUGUUAUGUAGAUAAGAUUAUGGGGGAAAGUUCAGCUGCUCAGUCUCUGCAUGUCAAGAGGCCCUUAAAGGCACUGGAGCAAAGUCAGUUUAAAUAACAAGGGGGAGCGGGGAACCAAUUACAAGUUGGCACUUCUAUACCUAGUGUUUCAACAGCACUCGGCCGUAGUAAAAAUUCCCCUGAGGAUGUUUAUGACAUUUCCUCCAUUUGAAUUCCCCACCCGAUUUUGGGAGUCCAAAUGAUCUUAUCUCGCAAGCUGAAUGGUGCUCUUAGGUUUGUGGCUGCCCAUUACUUAAUAGAUGACUUCUGGACUUUUUGUGUGUGUGUUAUGUAGGCUGCUGGUUUCCGGCACCUCUCUAUUUUUGAAAAGUGCCAUUAAGAAGAAUGCAUAUAUAUAUAUAUAUCUCAGUUAAAGCAUUGCACCCAAGGAAACCUUGCAACUGGCAAUGCACCUUCAUAACCAUGGAUGGAAGGGGGGAGCACUGGCGGAGGAAGGGGGUGCUGUAAGUGCGGCCUGCCCUGGGUGUCAUCCCUGAGGAGGGAUGACAUUGCUGCCCCCCUGGGACACUUGUCCCGCCCCCAUGGGUGGCUAGCCCCGCCCCCAGGUGCACAGCAUGUGUGCCACACCAGGCUCCAGAGCAGCUAGCUCUGCCUCGGGGACGACGACACUAAUCUACACUUCCUGGCACUUCCCCCAGGAAAACCCCCUGUUUUCUGCUGGAUCAGAACAAAGUCAAUCAGUUUUUCGGAUGUUGUAAACAAAAAUCUGCCCUUUUUCCCUUAUGGGGUAUCCAAGAGCCCAUAUAGAGUCCUUACAUAGGUUCACUAUCGGUAGGAGAAAAUAACAGAGGCCAACCAGAGAAUAUUGAGAAGCAAAGCAGCUAGUAAGCCUGAUCUUUAUUGAUCUGUUGCAACAGGGUGCUCCCCUCACACGCAGGAGAGGAGGAGGAACCCAGAAAAAUGGCAUGCAAGGCCUUAUAUAGACAUUUUGAAAUUGCCACCCUGUAGAUCAAGAUCACCCCUAGAAACAUCAUACAUACAUCACAGAAGGGGUGUAACCUAAGACCACCCCCCAGAUACAUCAUACCUACAUCACAGAAAAGGCAGUCUAAAACAGAAAUUUGAAUGUUGUUUUUCUCCUGUCCUUGUUUAUCUCCUGUCUGGCAGGUUACUUGAUUGGAUUUCCUGGGGAGCCGGGCCAGUCUUUUGUAAUGAUAAAUACUUAGUUCCUGGGCCAUGUCACAGGCUCACACCCUAUUCAACACAGACAUAUCCCUAAGACAGGAUUUGUGAAGGAAAAGACAAUGGGGAGGCUUUUCCAUUUUCCUUUGACCUUGCAGAGAAAACAUUUGGUCAGUUUGGGAAUAAAAAAUGGUUCCAGGUCAGUCUUCCUGUGCUGAUCUAUGUACGUGCUUGGUUGGUACACUUAUGAACAUUUCAUAUAUAUCUAAGACCUCAAAAUUCCUAUCACACGGAGGGUUGACGUUUGUUCCAAUUCAGCGGUAAGCAGGGGGUUUUCCCCGGGGAAAGCGGUGGGGCAAACAAAAUAACUCUCAACCCCAUGCCUCGGAAGCAUGAGGCAAACAGAAAACCUCUCCGACCCUUCCUUUCUACGCACAGAACAAUCAGAAGUGUGGACAAGCCCGUGUGUGUGUGUGUGUUUGUGUGUUUGUGUGUAUCUCUGUUAAAAAUAGCAGCAGAUAUUGCGUGCUCCAGUGUCCCCAAAUUAAGUCAGAAGGCCAGUGGACUGGGACACUGGGCAGAUGCGCCUUGAAGGAAGAUGCCUUGGAAGAACAGUAAUUUCAGUGGACUUCAUGGUGGAGCUGGUUGCCUGUAGUGUAUUUUGACUUUCUAAAGACGCUCCCUUCCCCGUUAAUCUUUGCAGGUACCAGAACAAAAGCAGGAGACUUGCUGCAAGCAGUAACUAUAAAGAAGUUUCUACAGAGACUGAAAAAGACAAUAAGCUGCUUCAUGUCUGAAUCCGGGGAAUCCCAGAAGGCAUUUAUUUAAUAUUAUUAUUAAAUAUUUUAUUAAUAAUAUUUAUGUUCCAAAGCAAAAUUUCAAAGUGAUGCGGAUCAAAAUACACGUGCAGGUCAAAAACUCUGUUUUUUUAUAUAUAUGAAUAAUGUUUUUAUUGGUAUUGUAUUUUUUUAUCUUAUUUCUGUGCAAUGUUUGAUAAUGUAACGCCAUGAUGUCUUGCGUUCCUUUGUGUGUAAAUACUUAUAUAUAAUAUAUAAAAGAAUGUAAUCUUCUCACUGCUUGUAUGUGACCCACUUCAGAAAGACAUAAUUUUUUUCAUGUCUAUCCUGUUCGCUUGAAGAAACUCUACACUCGUUUGAGGAUUAAAUCUUUCCAUUCAUUC